AUGGCUGAUUUCCAGCAUGGUGGUGCCAACGAUGGGAAUGAUAUUGGACAUUAUGAGGAUAACCAAGGCCUGGUGUAUUGUAUCCAAUUAACACCAUCUCUGCUACGCUAUACCGAUGGCAGAUGCCCUUUCCGUGAGAUUUUGGAAUCGCUGAAUGAAUUGAUGAACAGCUUGGUCAUAACCCUUCCAGACACAGGCGUUGGGUGUUAUCUGUUCAAUUGUGCAGGUUCGGAAGUUAAGGGUGAGAAUACCACCAAAUUCAAAACUGGAAUUUAUGAGCUAUUCCCUCUGGGAGGGCUUGAUGUGGAGAACAUGAAAAGAGUACAUGACUUAUUACAAGACAAUUUGACCAACCACUCCUCUUUCUCCGAAAAAUUCCCAAUAUUAGAUCCUUCAAACAAAAAUACCUCCGAACAGUUGAACAAUAUGCUGAAUGCGAUAUCCUGGGAUUCUGGAAAGAGAUACAUCCACAAGAAAGCGUUUCUCUUCACGGAUUACGAUAAGCCUUUUGCAAAGAAUCUUCAGAGCAAACUUGCACUGAAAGAAACGGCUCGAAACUUCAAUCGGUCUUAUAAGAUUGGACAGUCGUUCUACACGGUUAGUCUUCACCCUUUUUUCAUCAACUCAAGAGACAAAGCGUUUGACACAACUGAAUACACUGAAAUUCUUCAGAUCCAGAGGCAUCCUGGCCAGAAGGUGAAAGAGGAAGAUUUUGACUCAGAAGAUGAAUUGUACGAGAAUGAUGACAGCGAAAACGAGCUUGACCUCACCUCUUUAGACCUUGAAUCUAUUAAGGCGAAGGUGUCGCAGCUGAGAAUGAUGAAGAGGUUUGCGUUCAAAUUCCCAUUGACGGUCCUCAAGCUCGAUGGCGGCAGCAUCGUCAUUUCAUUGAAAGGAUACUCGAUAUUUUCAUCCAACCAUACCAAACCUGCCACUGAGUAUGUGAGUGAUGAUGAUCAUUUGAAGCCAGUUGAGUCCUCCCAGGGAUAUUUCAAGGAGAAUGGAGCCAAGAUUGACGAAGUGCAAGCUAAUCGCAUAAUAAACGAAUUCGGCACCAGAGAAAACCAGCUUGUCUCCGCUUUCAAGCUUGGCUCGCAAUAUAUACCGUUUCUUGAUAAAAAGGAGCAACCGGGGCAACUGGAGAGACUAAGAGCGCUGGGUGCUGAAUCAGAUGAUCCAGCAAUGGAGAUAUUGGGUUACAGGAGCAUUGACAGAUUCAUGCCUCACCUAUGUUUACGUGCACCUCAUUUCAUUGUUCCAGAUUUGAAUGGAAAUACGCAUUCCAGAAGAACAUACGACGCUCUCCACCAAACCUUGGUUUCCAAGAAGAAAUUUGCAAUUAUCUGGGGUAAACCACGGGGUACGGCGCACCUUUCGCUGUAUGCAUUGCUUCCUUCGACGCAUAAAGAAACUUCCUUCUCAAAGAUUCCCGAAGGACUUCUGCUGUUCAAACUUCCGUUCAAGGACGAUGUGAGAGCUGUCCCAAAACUGAAUCCAUCUUUCAUAAACGAGGACUUGAGCGAGAGUCUAGAAAGUAUGAAGAAGAUAGUCAAAGAACUGGAGACCAGCUAUGACCCCGCGAACUACCCCAACCCCAGUCUCAAUUGGCACUUUAAGAUUCUUCGCGAUCAGAUUUUCCAAGAGACGGUCUCUUCCGAAUACUACAAAGAAGGGAUCUCGCUCGAAAAGGCUCAUCUUCUCGAGACCAGCGACUUUGACUUGACCAAGCAAAAAGUCAAAGCUGUGAAGGAACGCAUUCAUGCUGCAAGUGUCAAAGUCGAAGAUGAAGAUGAUUUCUCGAUCGACGGGUUGUCAUGGAUGAUUAUGGACAUCAAUUUGCAGACAUCCAAACUGCCGGGAUAUCUCAAGACUCUGAAGAAGCCCAAGCCAGAGGCCAUCGAAGUGCCGGACAGAGACAUGAAGGAGGCAUGGAGAGCCCAGAUGCUGGAGACUUUCAAGGUGGACCAACUCAAGAGAUAUUGCAAGGACAAAGGGUUGGGUCAUACUGGUAAAAAGCAGGAUCUUAUAGCCAACAUCUCGGACUAUCUUAGCAUUCAAGAAGAUGCUUUACUGGGUUGA